CGUGCGGGUGUGUGCUUAUGUGGGGCGGGUGAUUGGGGGCAGUGCGGUGGGGGAAGCCGGGCGGCUCCCUGGCUCGGCAGAGCGGCCCCGUCGCUGUGGCACCACAGUAUAAGCGUUGUGAAACCAUGUUUACAUAAUGUACAACAAAAGAGUUAUUUUGGUGAAAUGUAUUUUACCUCGGAGUCGCGUGGUGGUGUGGAGGCCUAGCACCGUGCAGAGCCUCCCGCCUCGCCUGAUUUUGCCACCCGGCUGACGCUGGGUACGGGUGCCGUUUCCCCCCCCCCCCCCCGCGCUUCAAUAAUACUGUGUAAUCGCUAUAAUUUUAUAAUCUACCGACCCUAUAAUAGUAAUAGCACACAUUGUGGUGGGGGGGGGAGUAAAGAGGACGUGAAACUUAGAUGAAUUUACCUCAGAGUCGCGUGUUAAUGCGUGCGCCUAUUUUUAACGGGAAUUAAAGAUGGCGUCCACCCCGCAACUGCUAGCCCGUCGCUAGCCGUUGCCAGGGGCAACCGGCGUCCAAUGAAAGUGCGUAUGGUCCGACAUCCACAGACAGACAGACAGACAUUCACGAUUUUAUAUAUAUUGAUUAAACCCAAAGAUAUUGGUUUAUGUUGUUUCAAGCCCGAGCUGAUAAGAAGUUCACAUUUUGCAAACUGAGACUGAAUUAUUCACGCACAUAUAUUUUUAGGCAUUGCCCGAACAGGCGGUUAAAGGAAUAUAUAUAUACACCGUAUAGGCACGUGGGCGAUCAAUCACGAGCUCAAGGCUAUCACAAUGAUUUCUUAUAACCAAUGCGGUCCCUCAAAAUGAUGAUUAUAAUCAAUAAUACAUUGAUAUUUGCGGAAUCCGCUUAUAAGUUUGACUUGCCAGCACGUGCCCAUAAAUUAACUCUAUCAUGUUUAAAACUUGAACCUAUUAAGUACGUGUAUCGCAUUGUUUAAUUCAUAAGAUGCGUGUGCGCAUUAAAAUAUAUAUGGAUACAAAUGAUGAAAGUCAACAUCGAAUCCUCGCGUCCCGGCUUGUCAUUGGUGGCUCAAGGAGAGGGCGGGACUCGACCGAGAGGAGCCAAUCAGCAGCGGCGCGCUCUACGAUCCUCGUCUCCGCUAUAAAAGCCGCUCCCGUGGUGCGUGUUAACGUCACAAAUCGUUCGUACUUUGUCUCCAGUGCUUUUUGCAUCCUAGGUCCCUUAACGAUGUCUGGACGCGGCAAGACCGGUGGCAAAUCUCGCGCCAAGGCAAAGUCCCGCUCUUCCCGCGCCGGCCUGCAGUUCCCCGUGGGUCGCGUUCACAGGCUGCUCCGCAAGGGCAAUUACGCCCAGCGGGUCGGCGCUGGAGCACCCGUCUACCUGGCCGCCGUGCUCGAGUACCUUUCUGCCGAGAUCCUCGAGCUGGCUGGCAAUGCCGCCCGCGACAACAAGAAGACGAGGAUCAUCCCCCGACACCUGCAGCUCGCCGUGCGAAACGACGAGGAGCUCAACAAGCUCAUGGGCGGCGUGACUAUCGCCCAGGGCGGUGUGCUGCCCAACAUCCAGGCCGUGCUGCUGCCCAAGAAGACCUCUCAGGCAAAGAAGUGAACGCGCCGCCGCCUCUACCACCACAACAACGGCUCUUUUCAGAGCCACCCACUUGCUUGCAAAGAGCUCGGUCAGUCGUACACAGGGGUUUUGUUAUUAAUAAGGACGCCGUCGUCGAGUUGCCCUCGUCCCAAAUUGCUCGCAAUUAAACGAAUGCUUUGCUCAUUCCAGAUACCCUUUGUCUAAUUUAGGAACGGUAUUUGAGCAGCAUUCCAACAUUGCAUCAAUCAUGGAACAUGGUUUAGAAUAAAUUGGGAUGCCUAUUGGAAGAAAGUAUCGUGUUUUUUUAAAGAAUAAAACUCGCUCUUUUUGAGCGGUCAGAUUACAUAUGAAGAGGAGUCGGAGAAUGGUUCAAGCACUUCAAGGGAUCUGCGAGCCACCCUCACGCACCACGCACCACGAAAACACGACAUCUCCGCUCUCACGACAACACGCACCAAUCAAUCUUAAUUUUUUUCACACGCGCGGGAAAUAAGAGCUGGACGGGGGGGUCAGGGGUUAAAGGGCAGUGACGUCACCCGGACCAGGCGUGCUGGACGCGAAUGUGUAUUGGGAGCGGAGAUUGAGGAGUUAAAAGGGGCUGUGGGACGUGUGCCCGGGGUUGGUCUUGGAACGAAUAUUGCUGUGCGUUGGUGAAAACAGGUCCCUGUGGGGUGGGCUGGUAGGACCGAACAAUUGAAUGGCUAUAAUAAAAUGAAAUGGCAAAAAAUGGGCGCCAAUAAGUAGAUGGAAACGUAGACGGAGUGGAACAUAAGAAACAAUAAAGUAGUAGUAACCGUUCUGCAAAAAAAUAAUAGUAUUGCACAAGUAUGUACCUACGUGAGUGCAGCUUGGAGCAGACACAGUGAGUAGUAACAAUCUGCACGAGAUGCAGCGCCGUGGGCCACGCCCCUAUCACUGUUAGCCCCGCCUCCUCGCCCCCGGUACUGUAUUCUCGACUGUAGACUCCGCCCCUUUUCGCCAACGGCCCCUCCCUCCAUCGCGCUAAGCUCCGCCUCCCACCGCUUGACCCCGCCCCGCUCCCCCGUGGCUCCGCUCCGCCCCCGUGGCCCCGCCCUCCACCCGCGUAACCCCGCCCCGCCACCCGUGGCCCCGCCCCAUCUCGGUGUCCCCGCCCAGCCCCGCGUAGCCCCGCCCCCUGCCGCUGUAGCC